AUGAAGACGCUCAGAUACAACAUUAAUCAACAGAUAAUGUCUCAAUUUGUAACAAAAGCUUGUGAUAUACUCGAUUGUUACGAGGGUCGCGAUGCUGCCAUCACUUUUACACUUUACUUUUGUUGUCUAAUUAGUGGAUUUUAUCCUCGUAAAAGUAAAUUACAUCGUAGUCUACAGAGAAUUUAUAAAAGACUCGACGAUUGUAGGGUAGUACUACGAUUGUACGAUGAUAUCGCAAUUAUACGAGAUAUGUUUACCUAUGAAUUACGACCGGGAGAGAGAAAUUUUCUUGUACGAUUUUUAAAAUUUGCUCACUAUAUAUCAUGGAUAUGUUAUUAUCCCAGUGAGCAUAUAGCAUGGUUAGGUGAAAUGAAAAUGUUGAAUGUCGAUGUAGAACUUUGGCUCUUUUACACAAACUUCUUCUGGUCAUCCGCACUUCUCACUUCAGCAGUAUGGAACGCAUACGUUGUUCUACUAUAUUAUACUCAACAAGGACUUACCAAAGAGGAACAAGAAGAAGAAAAAAAGAAUUUUAUACCAUGGACAGCAGCGCGCAAAGCAGUAUUAGCCACAAUUCGUGAUGGUAGUGAAUUUGUUGUUGCUGUCCAUUAUCUCCCACGAGGAUACUUGUGGGCAUCCAGUCUCACCUAUAUUCAAGUCGGAUUAUUUGGUACUUGCUCCGCCUUUAUGAGACUCUAUGCUUUAGCAAAUUUUCAUGAACAUUAA